UUUUUUUUUUUUUAUUUUUUUUUUUUUUUUAUUUUUUUUUUUUAUUUUUUUUUUAUAGCCUUUCCCAGAUCGUGAGAUCACCGGGUCUUUUUAAAUCUAGUUCUCUCUUUUACGCUUCUCGCACUUUCAUGCUUCAUACUGUUUCUUUCUUGCAUUCAUCAUCUGUCAUACUUAGCCGGGUGGGACUCCCGCUAGCUUAACCUAUUAUUGUUUUAUUUUUCUUUCGGGGUAAAUAAAGUUAUGCUCAUUUAUUGAUUACAGAAAUAUUGUUUGAAACUUAUGUCUAUUUUGAAGCUUAUACUAUUUGGAUCUUAUCUUUAUAUAAUUUUAACAAUUUCAAUAUUAUUAUCUUAUUCCUAUGGUUUACAUUUUAGCUUCUUAUGCUACUGCUUAUUAUAUUACAUGCUUAUUCUACUUUUUCCUAUGUUAUUUGUUACAUUUCUCUUCUAGUUCUAUUCUAACAAUACUUUUUAAUUUUGUUUUCCAGGUAGCUGGACAGGAGAAGAGGAAGUUUCAGGUACUCUUCGACGACCCGUGACCUUCGGAUUGGCGCAGCGCAUCGGAUUCUGCGCUUUCUGGUGGCGACUUCACGUUUCAUUGCGGCUAGCUCAUCAGACCACCACGGCAAGCCCACAGAUGUCCACUGCUGAACGUAGGCCUCCCCCAAGGCUCACCACAAUAACCAGUCCUGCGCAGCUCACAUCCAGCUUUGUGUAUUAGCAUGUGAUCUAUUCACCGUCUCACACGCUAUGAAGUUUAAUUCAGAAGAGUUCAGAAAAUUGAUGGAGCAAUUUCGAAAAGUAAGAAAUGUUCGAUCACCAUCAUCGAGGAUCACCUAGCAGACACCAAUUGAGAAGGAAACCCUCACGCCGAAUUGGCAUUGGAUUGGUCACAUAUUGAGAAAGCCCGAUACCCACCUAUCCAAGAGAGCACUGACCUGGAAAGUGUCUGGCAAAAGGAAGAAAGGCCGUCCCAGAGCAACUUGGCGUCGCUCAGUGGAGCAGGAGCUAGGUAUCUUGGGUAUGACGUGGGAGGAGGUAGAACAGACUGCCCAAGAUCGAUGUAAAUGGAAGGAUUUGAUUCGAGCCCUACACCCCAGCAUAGGGUAAUAAGAAAGAAAGAAGAAGAAGAAGAAGAAACGUUUGAAUGUUUGUUAAAACAAAAAGUUUAAUUCUAGAAACCGUAUCUAAUCUGAAAAGUAUUUCUCCGAUAUCCCCUGCGAACUAGUACCUACAACUACCGCCUAAUCUCUGCUAUUAGGUCGAUUAAAUAUAAAUAUUUUAUUGUGUAUUGAUAAAAAAAUAUUUACGUAAUAAAUAUGAGAUCAUGUAUGUAUCUAUAAAAGGAGCGAAUAUUUUAUUCGUUCAUCAGAUCUCCAUUCGACUCGAUAGGAACAAUGGUUUCCGUUCUCACCUUAGCCGUAGCCGUGCUCGCUGCCGUCUGCAGCUGCACUGCUAGCAAUCUCGGUAGACCUGUGUCUAUUGGCGAGCACCCCAGCCUGGUCCAAAUUGAAGUAUUCCUACCCAUCUUGAAUCAAUGGUUCCAACAGUGCGCUGGUAUUGUUCUCACCAACUACCACUACCUUUCAACUGCUACCUGUUUCCAUGGAGAAUUCUACGAUCCUGCAUACCGUCGCAUUAUCGCUGGAUCUUCCCGUCGUAGUGAGCCAGGUGAAAUAUCUUAUGUUCACUUUGCCGUUAACCAUCCCCAAUUCUCUGAGGAGAAUUACGACAAGGAUGUGAGCAUCGUACGAGUAACACAUGCCAUCCACUUCGGCCCAAAUAUCCAGCAGGGUGCUAUUAUCCAACAAGGUGUCGUAAUACCCCAGGGUAUUUUUGUUGAUCUGCUCGGAUGGGGAACUACCGUUCAAGGUGGCAGUGCAUCUGACGGCAACCUCCACAAGCUCGAACUCAUUGUGACCAACAAAGAAAACUGCAGGAACCAGUAUAAGGAUCAUGAUCGCGUCGUGACUGAUCACAAAUUCUGCGCCGGUUUGGUCCGGGAUGGUGGCCGUGACUACGAUAAUACUGACUUGGGUGCCCCUGCCUUCUUCCAAAAUGCGUUGGUAGGCAUUGUGUCUUUUGGAAAGAGCAAUUCCAAUGACGCCUACCCCGUAGUACUCACCAGCAUCAGUUCUUUCACUGAAUGGAUCCUUCAAAACGUUUACUAAUUUUUUUUUUUUUAAUAAAAUAAUAAUUUUAAA